CGCGUCGCUGCUCCGCCAUAUUGACUGUUGUCUUGCUUGAGGAGAGCACUGCCACAAGAACCGAAACUGUGUUUUUACGCUAAACCCGGAGCGCAGCCGACGGGCACACGGACUAUAGCGAUGGCGAGGAAGAAGAGCAAGCAGCAGGGCACAGGAGCCAAGGAUUCGGUGUCGGUACAGCAGCAGCAGAGCCUGUCGAAGAAGCCCGGCGAUGCGGUAGCGGGAGCCGCGGCGACCGGUGGAGGAGACGCAGGAGCGGCCAGGACCAGUCAGUCGAUGCACACCUGUUGUCUGCUGUGCCACCGUGAGUUUAAGGACUGGGGGUCCGGCGGGGCAAACGGUCUGCCCGCUCACGGCUCCAGACUGGCGGAGGCGGUGCCGGCGCUCUCUCAGGCGCUGCUGCGGGACGCUCCGGGCCGGACGCUGGCGGACGCUGUGCCCUCGCUGUCGCAGUCGCUGCUGGGCGAAGUGCCGCUGUGGAUCUGCCAGAGCUGCAGGAGGAGUGUGGAGGAGGAGGAGAGGAGGACGCUGCAGGAGCAGAACUCACAGGUGCCGCUGUCCCACUCGUCCUCAUGUAAGUCUCAGAGUUGUGGGAACGGUUAUCCGGAGAACAGUUCGGUGGAUUGGGAUCCCAGCUCGUUUCUCUCGGCGCGCAAACUCUCCGGCCUGUGGAACUCAGCUCAUUCUAAUGGAGGAUCGCACUGCAACCACAACCCCGCUGCGCUUUCACCCGGAGGAACGUUGGGACCAGCUUGCCAUGAGAAGAGGCCCUCUCAUGAUGCUCCGGGAAAAGCUGCCAAAACAUUCGGCACUAAAGUCUGUCCCUACAGUCAUCCCGCAUCCCAGAAUUCCAGUGCAGCUUCUCCCGGGACACUUUCUGCCUCCAGCGAUGCAUGCAAGACCAACCCCAAGCACUUCAAGACUAUGUGUCGACGACCAACGCCUCCAGGUGAAGCGUUCCACCCAAACGACCACCACCAGUCUGCAGACCUGUCAGUGCCGCCCAACAGUCCGACGGGUUUGUCUUCCCAGCAUUCCUCACUGCUGCCUCCCAAGCAGAACUCCAGUCAGCAUGUGCACGUCGGCUCUGCUAAUUCGGGACUGCCUUCGCACGCUCCCUUUUCCCCGCUGGUACCAAACAUUCACGCUCCCACAGCCAAGCACUCGAGCGGGCCGGACAGUCCGGUGGCCCUACACAAGCCCAGCGCCUGCAAGAACGCACACAUUCCCGCUGUUAACUCGCAACACGGCAAACUUAGCAACUCGCUUAUAGGAUGCAGUCACCCGUGCAACGGACACAGUAACGGCAGCUCUGUAGCAUCACCCAAUGCUGGACACGUGACGCCUGGAGCCUGCAGGGACCAGGCUUGUAAAGGACACAAGGUACCCAACGGGUCGCUUUGUCACACUUCGCCCUGCGAGUUGGAGGAAGGAGAUGAUGAGGACAGCAGCUCUGAGCGCAGCUCCUGUGCAUCUUCAUCCAACAACCAGAAGGACGGAAAAUACUGUGACUGCUGCUACUGCGAGUUCUUCGGCCACAACGCGCCUCCAGCUGCUCCCACCAGUCGUAACUAUGCGGAGAUCCGGGAGAAGCUGCGGUCCAGACUGACCCGUCGUAAAGAAGAGCUUCCCCAGAGGCAGGAUCUGGACCCGGCUGCUCCCAGUGCCAUCGACCACCGAGACGUGGACGAACUGCUGGACUUCAUCAACAGCACCGAGCCCAAACCUGUCAACAGCGCCAAGGCGGCAAAGCGGGCACGGCACAAACAGAAGAAGAAGGAGAAGGAGCGGGCUCUUCAGUGCAGUAUGGAUGCAGUCGGCAGUGACCCACGCUCCGCUUCUCCUCCAGACCCCAUGGAGGACUCGGCUCCAGAUGCAGAUGCUAACCGGCUCCUGGAGUGGCCUCAGCUAGAGCUGGAGCGCGUGAACAGCUUCCUGACCAGCCGCCUGGAGGAAAUCAAAAACACCAUCAAAGACUCCAUCCGCGCCUCCUUCAGCAUGUACGACCUCAACCUGGACGUCAACGACUUCCCCAAAAAAGCGGCGACGCUUGAAGGAAAUCAUUUGCUUUCUCACCUCAACGGAUCCUCAGAUCUGCAGCAGAUCGAUCUUGACCUGGCGCCGCUCUCGCUGAGGAACUUUAAGAGAGAUUUAGACAUCGUGAACGGUUGGGAAGACACGACAACAGCCGCCAAAGACAUCCAGAGGCUUCACUCUACGCCCAGUCUUUCCAAACUCAUCCGCGUGCGCUCGCCAGAACGAAUCCCGGCUCCAGAAUCCACCCAGAGCGCCGCUAAACCCGGUGAAGCGCUGCCCGAGAUCAAGAGUUUAGCAGGAGCCAAGAUGAAGAAGAGUAAAAAGCAGCAGGAGGUCAGUGGGAAAUCAUCAACGCAUAAAGCGCAGGAGAUAAAAGCGGCGGAUUGUGAUAAGAGCACUAAAGGGGGAUGCAAAACACAGCAGGUGGAUGCACAGAAGAAUGGAAAUAAGAAAGCGGAGGAGGUGAAAGUGUGUAAGCAGACGUCCUCCAAUGGUCAUCAUAAUACUGCGACAAACACACAGCAGAGGGCGAAAAAUGAGCUGUCGGACACGCGGGGAAGCAGACCGGAGCAUGAUGGAGACACUAAAAGCAUCAGCAACACUCCCAGUGCACAGCAGCCCAAGGGGAAGACUAAGAACAAGAACAAAAACAAGACGGAGAAGUCCAGUAAUGCUAUCGAUGAUGUGUUUCUUCCCAAAGACGUGGACCCCACAGAAAUGGAUGAGAUUGAUCGCGAGGUUGAAUAUUUCAAAAGGUUUUGCCUGGACUCUGCUAAACAGACCCGACAGAAGGUGGCGGUGAACUGGUCCAACUUCAGCCUCAAAAAGAUGCCCUCAAAUGCAGCUCAGUAACAGACGGAGGAGCCGGAUGCAAAACUGUACUGAAAUCUCCUUUUGGCCUUGGGUUUCCUGAACCCAGCACUCGACCGGCCCGCUCACAGCCCUUCUGCCUCUCUAUGCCACGGGAAAUUGAUUUCGACCAUCAUCAUCAUCAUCAAACACUUUUUAAUUUCUAGCUGCGUCCUGACCUCAGUCCCACUACGCUGCAGCUUGUGACGGCUAAAACACGAUCGGGUACUGAUCCACUGCUUUAUAUGUCGUAUGUACACAGUUGUUUUUACAAUAAAAACGUUUUUAAACAAUGAAAUGCGCAAGAAUACACAGCGGUUUGCCCCAGCGAGCCUGUCCAAGGUACAUUUUAUAAGCUCAAACCACGCAAACGUUACUGUAGUCUUAGUAUAGAUGCGAAAACGUGGGAUCGCUCAGAUGUUCAGGCUGUGUUUUAGUCUUAGAAGAUGAUGACGUCCAUGUGAAUUCAAGCAGAGCGAUCUGGAUCAUCAAGCACACGAAAUUGAACCGUGCACUUUUUGUCGUACUUUAAAAACGGCAGCGAGACCUUUUAGGAUGUACGUAGAUCCAACAUUGACACUAAAAAUGAACAGAAAGGGUGAGUUUUCUACACAGAUGAGCUGCGUUUUCUUUGCAUGAUGCGUAAAACUGACCACGUUAUGCUCCGUUUCGUUUCUACUGAAGCUAAUGAACAUGACUAGUUCUCCAGAUCUCCUCCAGAUUAGUGAUCCUCCGUGUGCCGGUUUGGAUGUUUCUCUGUGCUGUGACCACGUCCUCAAUGCUGUUGUCUGUAGUUGGCUCUCCAGAUGUGCGCCCGUGUUUUGGCCGCAUGAUGGUUUCAGAUUGGUGAGUUUAGAUCCAGCCUUCAUUCGUUACAUCUGCAAUCAAGGACUCUUGCUGAUGUGGUGCGGCGCUUAUCCGUUGCUCUGUAUGUCUGUACACAUCCCGGUUUAAGAAAAUACGAGAUGAUGUUGGUCUCUGGGUUUGUGCUAGACUAAAUCCCCCUUGAAGGAUUCUUGAGAUGUUUUUGUUUCGUUUUUCUUCCCUUCUCCGACAUCUUUGACUCUAUCCAGGUUAUAUUCAGCUAGAAAACAUUAUCUUAAACAUUUGGAAUGUAGAUUUAUACUAUACCAUCAAUGGCCAAGUGUAUGUUGGCUUUCUGUUUUAUUUUGUUGUUUUUUUAUUAUAAUUAUUAUUAUUAUUAUUAUUCACUUUUGAUACUGUGAAGAUCUUUCAUGCCGAAAGAUUAAAACAUGACAGUUUUGAAAAAAACAAACAAAAACAAA